AUGUGGUCUCUGAUUUUGACAGUGAUAAUAUCGUCACUCGGUGCGGUCCUGUACUGGAUUCAUCGCCGGGCUCGGUUUCGAUUCGCGGACAAGUGGCCUUGUUUGCAACCGGUGUAUCCUUUGAUUGGCAACGCACCUAUUGUGUUCGGGAAAAGCGACGUCGAACGGUUCGAAGUGAUCAGAGAUGUGUGCAUUGCGUCGGAUCGCAUUAUGAAGGCUUGGGUUGGGCCAAAGCUUUUGCUAGUGACGAGUCAUCCGGAUUUUAUCCAGCAGAUUCUAGGCAGUGCACAUUGCUUGGAGAAGCCGUUCCUGUACCGAUUUGCCGGGUUCGAACAAGGGCUCUUCACGGCCAAGUAUCAUAUUUGGAAGGAAGCGCGGAAGCGAUUGAAUCCGACCUUCAACCAACGGAUCAUUCGCGGGUUUGUUCCGAUUUUCGCAAAAUGUGCCGACAAAAUGGUGGCUCGUUUGAGUGAGUAUUCCGAUGGGGAAACGGUCAAUAUCCACAAGUAUACGGCUCUUUGCACGUUGGAGAUGGCCUGCGGUACCACGCUGGGAAGCGAUGUACUGCAGAGGGAAGGCAAAGAGGAGUUCGAGCAGGGGCUGGAUCAAGCAUUCAACGGGGCGGCGAGGAGAAUGAUGAGUGUGCAUUUGUAUACCGAUGUCGUCUUUAGGAUGACAAGACACUACAAGGAGCUGAUGCAUGCCAGGAAGGUUGUUUGUGAUUUUUUCACCAAGCUGGUGAUCGAGCGAAAGCAGUACCUGUCAGAAAAGUGCAACAGUAAUGAACCCCAGCAGGAGGAUAAUCAUAAGCCGAAAAUUUUGGUCGAUCAGCUUCUAAGUACCUCCCAGGAUGGAAAGACAUUCACUCAGGAGCAAAUCACUGACAAUGUGUACGCUGUCAUCACCGGGGCCGUCGACACCACGGGUUUGGUGACGGCCCACGCUUGCCUGUUCCUGUCGUUCUAUCCGGAAGUCCAGGACCGACUGUACGCCGAAAUCAAUCAACACUUUCCCACCGGACCCAGCGAGGAAGUCGAAUUCAGCCCCGAUAUUCUCAAGCAGCUCACCUACAUGGAAAUGUUCCUCAACGAAGUGCAGCGCCACUGGACGGUCGUCCCGGCCAUUGCCCGGGAAAACAUUGCCGAAAUAGAAAUCGACGGUGUCAAAGUGCCACCGGGGAAUAUUUUCUGCUUGAGCUUCUAUGCGCUGCAUCGGAGGCAGGACAUUUGGGGACCGGAUGCCGACCGGUUCGAUCCGGAAAAUUUCUCCGAAGAGCGCGUCAAAAAGCGGCAUCCGUUCGCGUUCGUUCCGUUCAGCGGAGGAAAUCGAAUCUGUUUGGGCUGGCGCUACGCAUCGUUCAGUAUGAAGACGGUGAUGGUGAACUUGGUGAGAAAUUUCAAGUUCAGCACCAAAAUUAAGCAGGAAGAUAUUCGAUUCAAGCACGACUUGACGCUGAAGCUACCGUUCGAGCAUUGGGUGCAAAUAUGCAAGCGGAAACCCACUACAGCAUAG